AUGAAGUUCUUGAUAUCCCUCGUGGGAGCAUGUGCUCUCCAGACACUCGUUUCGGCAAUUCCUGCUUUCCCAGGUGCUGAAGGAUUUGGUGCGAAUGCAGUCGGUGGUCGAGAGGGCGGCACUGUUCACGUAGUGACAAAUCUCGAAGAUAAAGGGGCUGGCUCGCUUCGCGACGCAGUGUCAGGCAAGAAUCGAAUUGUUAUAUUUGCGGUGGGCGGUUGUAAGUAACACUAUAUCUCUCAGAAGACUUGAGCUCACAAUAUUUAUAGUAAUCAGCAUCAAAGAGCGUAUCGUUGUAUCGGAGCGCGUGACGAUUCUCGGUCAAACUGCUCCGGGAGACGGGAUUUCUGUCUAUGGAAAUGGAUGGUCUUUCUCAAAUGCAGACAAUACUAUUAUUAGAUAUGUUCGUAUUCGAAUGGGUAAGGUUGGGACUGGAAAGAAAGAUUGUGUUGGAAUAGCAGAGGGCGAUAACAUGAUAUUUGAUCAUUUGAGUGUUACGGUAAGCGUUCUGUGACAGUGUCGGAAAGUUGGCUAAUUGGUUGACUUUGGUGGGGACGAGACGAGACUUUCUCCAUCAAUGGCCCAGUAAAUAACAUCACUAUACAAAACAGCAUCAUCGGUCAGGGACUUGAAACCCACUCCGCAGGAGGACUGAUGCAGUCCGACGGAGGAAUUUCACUAUUCCGCAACCUUUACAUUGACAACAAAACCAGGAAUCCCAAAGUCAAAGGUAAUGAUCCCUGGAGCUUCCAGAAGUAUGCCAUAUUAACAUAUUUUUAGGUACCAAUGAUUUCACAAACAAUGUAGUAUACAAUUGUAAGUUAAGCCCUGCUCAGUUUAACUACCUCGAACUAAUAAGUUAGGGGGUGGCGGUGGCGGUUAUAUUUCUGGUGGGGACUCAUCAGGCUCGUCAAACGUCAAUAUCAUAGGGAACUUCUUCAUCUCUGGCCCAAGUACUUCUGCGACAGCUUUCACUCGUGGAAAUGCGGAUUUCAAAGGAUUUGUGGAUGGAAACUUAUUCGACAGCGAUAAGGACGGAACUCUAAACGGGGUCCUUCUCAGUGCAGAGUCUGCCAAUUUUGGUGGAAUGUCGAUAGCGCCUACCAGGUUCGAUUACCCAGCACCUGCAAAGAUUCUUACUGCGCAGGAAGCACUCGAUUUGGCAUUGAAGUCAGUGGGUACAAGUUUGGCUAGGGACAGCGUCGAUAAACAGUUGAUCGAUGAGGUGAAGAGUUUCGGAAAGGUCGGGGAACUGAUCUCGGACGGUGAGGCGUACAUCUUCUAAUCAUGAUCAUUUAUACUAAAUUUCGUUUAGAAAAUGCAAGCCCAAUGAGUGGCCCAGGAACAAUUGCCCCGGGGACAGUGGCGGUUGAUACCGAUGGUGAUGGUAUCCCGGAUGCUGAGGAGACCAAGUUGGGCACAGAUCCUAACGUUGCCGAUUCCAUGACGAUUGCGGCAAAUGGGUAAGUUAUCUCUCUAUUCUUAUAUUAAUCGAACGUCUUGCUAACUGACUAUAUAGGUACACCAAUUUGGAGAACUGGGCGAACUCGCUGGUACCUGAAAGUUAGUAGAGCAGACAUAACACUGUACAUAGUCAAUAAUGCUGAUGUGUGGCAUUUUUAAUUUCAU